GCCGGCACCGCCCGCGGGCCAGCAGGGUGCGUUGCGCCGCGCGGUGUCUGAGGCGGCGGCUCCGCUCCGCGCCCGCCGCGCCCGCUCCCGCCGGUACCGGAGAUUUGUCCUUUCCACCCUGCAUUGAGUGCCAGAGGAGCUGGGGACACCUGCCCAGGAGCAGUCGAGGAAUCCAGAAAAAAAAAUCAAGGAAUCCACCCAGAGAACGAGGCUGCUCUGCAGUAGGAAGGAUUCUGCUGUGCUGGGGCCCGGAGCCGAUGGCAGAGAAUGUCCACGACUAACAACAUAGCUCAGGCCCGGAAGCUCGUGGAGCAGCUCCGCAUCGAGGCCGGGAUCGAGAGGAUCAAGGUCUCCAAAGCAUCCUCGGAGCUGAUGAAUUACUGUGAGCAGCAUGCUCGGAAUGAUCCUCUGCUGGUGGGAGUUCCUGCUUCUGAGAAUCCCUUUAAGGACAAAAAGCCCUGUAUCAUCCUAUAGCUGUGGAUCCUUCUGGAAGGAGAUCCCCAUCCAGCCUCUGGAUCCAAGGCUCCUCCACAGCUCCACCUGCACCCAGGGGUAAAAACUCAACGCUGGCUUCAAACAGAACUUAAAAAUUCCUGAGAAAAACAAACAAACAAACAAAAAAAAUCCAAGAAAAACAAAACAAAAAACCCAGAGAAAAACAAAAACCAAAACAAAAAAAAAAAAACCACCCAAAAAACAUCCUGAAAAAUUUGGAAGUGGGGGUGGCUGCUUCCUGGGAAGGAAAGUGGGAUUAAAAAUUAGAAUCAGGAUUUUAAAAUUUACCCAGGGUUGAGGGAGGGGAUUUUUUAAAUUGGGAUAUUUGGAUUUGGGAAAGGGGUGGUGGAGGAGGAGGAGGUGGGGGAGUCAUUCCCAGUGGAAUGUGAGAGCUGGACCUGGAUCCAAUCAGAGCCCAAUCAGCAGGAAUUUCCUCUGGAGAAGGGGUGAGGUGGGAACCAUUUUGUAAAAAAUCAGUAGAAAAAGAAAAAAAAAACCCCAAAAAUACCCCAAAAACCCCCAAAUCCAGCUGGAAAAAUCCCUGUUGGGAAUGGCCAGAGGGAGGCUGGGGAGGCUUUUCCCUAAAUCCCACAGCUCUGCUGGGAUCCAGGGAUGGCCCUGCAGGGGGAUUCCCAGCUGGGAGAGAUCCCAGGAGGAAUUUUAGGGAUCCCCAGGGAUGGGGGAGGUUGGGAUCUUUGGGGGGGUCUCUGUGCUGUCCCCAAAUUCAGGGCGGGAGGGAAAGGAAGGAGCUUCCUGGUGCAUCCAGAAUCUUGGAAAAAUCAACUUCUGGGGGAGUUUCAACCCAAAUCAGCAAAUUCCCAGCGUUUCCCGUCUCCCUUUUCCACACUGGAAUUCUUCCCACUAAAUCCAGGGCCUGGGAAUUGUCCAGGGAUGUUUAGGGCAGGUGGGGAGGGGGAGUGGAGGGACCAGUUCUGUUCCCAUCCCUUGGGAAUCUGGGACUGGGAUUGAACUGGGAGCGCUUGAAUCUCACGGGGAUGACCCGGCAUGGAGGAGAGAGCAGGGAAAGGGGAACAGGAAAAGGGGGAGCAGGGAAAGGGGAACAAGAAAAGGGGGAGCAGGAAAAGGAGAAGCUUCCAUGGAGCCCUUGGGUGGAUGCUCGGGAGAACUCCAGGAAUUUUGUGGAGUGGCCACCGGAUCUGUGGGAAAGGGACAAAUCCCAGGAUUUGGGUGCAACGUCUGAGCCCAAUCAGUGUCCCCAGGGCCCAUCCUGGGGCUCAGCAGCUCCUGGGAGACAUUUCCAAAAUCCCAGAAUCCAUGAGGCUGGAAAAGAUUUCCCAAAACCGCCAUAGGCAGAGGCCAUUCCUGGUUAUCCUGAGCACAGGAUUUUUGGGAAGAGAAGGGAUAAAAACAACGCAUCCACGGCUGAUGUGAAAUCCUGGGGGUUUCCCCAUUCCCCACAAAGCUUUGGAUUGGGUUAGGAAUGCCAGGGAUCGGGUUAGGAAUGCCAGGGAUCCCAUCUCGGGACAGGGAACAAUUCCCAUGGGAGAGGAAUUUGCAAUUCCCUGGAUUCCCGCUGAACCCACACUGGUGCUGCAGGGCACCGGGAGCUGCUCCAGCCCUUUUCCAGAGGCGGAUGGAAUUCCCAGGGGGGCGGAGCCGCUCCGUGUCCCCUCCUGGGCUGCAGGAAUGCCGCUGUUCCUUGUUUUCCAUCAUUUGCCUUUGCAACGAAGCCGGGGAAAUGCCACGUUUUGAACCCUAAAGCUGUGCGGCUUUUCCUGGGAAUGCUCCCCGAAUUCCAGGGCUCGGGAAUGUCCCCCCAUCCCUUGGGGGGGGGGAGCAGAGCAGGGAAAAUGGGAUCAUUUCCCAAUAAUUUCCCUCCCUGUCCCUCAGCCCCUGCAAAGCCUUUAUUGGAGGGUUUGAUCCCAAAUCCCAAAUCCCAAAUCCCAUCCCGCUCCAAGCUCCGCCCGCCGGGAAUCACGCGGCCACUCCCGAGUCCAGCCCGGGAUUCCUCCUCCAGGAGGGAAUUCCCUCUUGUCCUUAAUCUCUCGGACAGUUCCAGCCUUAUUUUUCUACUCCAGAUCUGAUUCUUCCUCUGUGUUCGAGACCAGAGCUUGGUGCUAUCCUUGGAGCCGGGGCUGGAGCCGGGAAUUCUUCCUCCUCCUCCUCCUCCUCCUCCUCCUCCUCCUCCUCCUCCUCCUCCUCAGGGGCUCCAGCCCCGCUCCAUUCUCCCCCAGGAGAAUCCCAAGGGAUGCUGGGUCAGACUUUGGGGUCUGGGUGCUUUGGGGUCGCUUUGCCUCCCCCAUCCCGGGGUCCUGCCCGAGCCAAAGCCACGCUGGAGCUGGGAGAAGGGAAAUGGGAAAUGGGAAAUGGGAAAAGGGAGAUGAGAAAAGGGGCAAGGAGCAGGGAAAAGGCGUUGGGAAAAGGGAAA